CUAUUUGUGGUAGAUUUAAGUGUGUUUUUAGUUAAAAAAUAAGAAUGAAAAUUAAUAUAUUUGUUAAAUUUUUGUUAAAAUUAUAUUUUAUAUAUAAUAAUGAUUUUAUAAAAGUAGUGGCAACUGAUCUUAAAUUGUCAACAAAUAUAAACCAAACUAAUGAUAGUAAGUGUAGUGCAAAAUCGGUCAUAAACUAUAAUGAUGUCGACAGUACCGGAAAAUGUGAAAACAGUAUCAAUAGUACAACUACGGGACAAAUAAAAUAUAAUGAAUCGAUGAUGAAAACUAUUAAAUUAAUGGAUAAAAAUUAUCAAAACCUGCAAAAUGUUUGGCGUAAAGUAACAGUAAAUAUUGAACCAAUAGAUAGAAGAUUAAGGCUUACAAUUGAUGGGUUCAUAUUAUCAUUGAAUUUAUCGCAUGAAUGCCAACAAUCAUUGUAUCGGAUUGCAGAUGGUAUUCAAAAUAAUCAAUUGUGGGCUUUUCAAUUUUUUGAUGCCUCUGGAAAACUAGCGGCCGGUUUGACCCAAGGAGUUAUCACCAGUUUUGGUGAUUAUGACCAGUGUUUGCAAAUUAAAAGUCCCGAUAGUAAUGGGAACCGACACACAAUCUAUGGAAAGUACUGUUUGGUUAAACCAUACAUAGAUUAUCCCAACUUUAAAGUAUUAGAAAAGUUUCUCAAAUUUUCAUUUUUGACAAACGAAAGCAAUGUUAUGACGAAGAAAGAGAUGAUGAAUAACUUGAAUUUAUUUAAACUAUUGUUUGCCUAUAAUUUAGUGGCCAAACGAUUUUACUUUUAUCAUUACGGACUUUGUAUGCCAUCCACAUGUAGUGCCAAUGAUUUGACUAAUGCCUUACAAAAAAUUGUCCCCGGAGUGCCGUUAGAAGUUGGACCAACAUGUGAUGUGAUUAGCGAACCGGUAGACUGGAAUGUCUAUCAAAUGAUUAUGCUAAUCAUAUCCUUGACGUUUAUAUUUCUGGUUAUUACCUCUACAUUCAUACAAAUAAUAUAUAAAAACUUAAUUGUUUGCAAUGAUAAGCAUCAAUCAUCCACUGCUAACUACACAGUAUUCCAUCAAUUGUUGUCUUAUUUUUCGCUAAUUGAAGCCAACAAACGUUUGGUAAGCCGUUUCCGUGAGAGACUGGCCAUUGCCGACGGCCUAAUGUUUGUGUACGUGCURUGGAUCACUACUGCAUUAUCUUAUGGAUCUAUUGUGAACGUCGGGUUUGUUGGAUAUAAAAAAAUACAUAAUAGCUAUCUAAUCAAUAUUAUGAAAGAUAGCAAAUAUUUUUGGAUGAAAUCCAUGUUCCCCAGGGACAGCAUUUUUUUGCUCAGUGGACUUAUUAUAUCGUAUGAUUAUUUUGGCGAUAAAAAUGAAAAGUUAUGUCUAACUAUUUGUCAAUACAUACGUUUUGCGGUCGAGAAAUGGUACAGAUUUACUGUCCGAAUGGUGUCACCGAUGCUGGUCUUGAAUAUAUUGUCACUAAUAGGAGACGGACCUAAUUGGCAUUCAGGUGAUGACAUAUGGGUUAAUAUUUGUCGCGAUAAGUGGUGGAAAAAUUUGUUAUUUAUUAACAAUUUUGAAAAUUCAAUUAUGAAUACUUGUAACCCUUUAAGCUGGCUAUUGUCCGCAAUAUUUCAAUUGCAAUUAAUUGCACCAAUAUUUAUGAUACCCUACAAAGUGAUGCCACGAUAUGGUUAUAUAACAAGUUUAUUGAUAUUUACUUUUGGCUGUUUCGCCACAAUUGCCCCUAAAGUCAUACAAGGCUUACGUUUGAUACCGUAUGARAUAUCAGAGAUAUACACCAUUGCUGACACUAAAUACUGUUUGUUUCGGUUUAUGUUAUACACCGACCAAUUUGUGUCAAUAUUUAUUAUAGGCYUAACAACAGGUUAUAUACUUAGACACGAAAAAUCAUUGUUAGAUUUGUUAUAUCAUAAAAAUAAAUACAUUAGUCAUUCAAUUGGAUUCAUAUGUUUGACGACAAGUGUUUUAGGUGUUGUUUGGAGCGAAAGAUUUAAAGACAUCAAUCAAAUACCAAAUAAACUAAAUCUCGACAUUUGGUUUGUUUUUGGGAAAAUUUUAUGGACUUUUGGUAAUAUUUGGUUAAUUGGCUAUUGUUUUACUAACACAAAUGGUUAUAUCAUUAGAUUAUUGAAAACAUUACCAUUUCGUGUAAUAACUCGUCUAACAUAUACUACAUAUUUUUUAAGUUAUCCGGUAAUCAUGUAUCGCAUACUUACCACAAGAGACAUCAUUGAGAUCAGUCACUCAUCGCAACUCCGAGAUCUUUAUCUGAACCUCACUGUUAUGAUAAGCUUGGCAUACAUUGUCUAUGUAUUCAUCGAGCAUCCAAUGCUUAGUAUAUUAGAGUCUAUAAUCAAAAUCAUUAAUAAAACAACAAAAAUAAAUCAAACAAUCAAUACUUGUAAAACAAUUGAAAGUAAUAACAUGUUAACAGACAAACUAAAUAGUCAUAAAUUAGAUUAUAGUUUUAAGGAAACUUGUGUCUAG